GGAAACUUCGCCUUACGUACGUACAUUCGUCUCUUGCGACAGCUUUUGCUUUUUCCCACCUUCCAAAACCCUCAAAAACUUCAGUUAUACGAGAAAAAAGGACCAUAUUAGAUUACUUCUUCAAUUCUUUUAGAUUGAAAGAACCCCAUUUGCAGAAGUGAGAACAGUGGUUUGUAAACUUGAGCCAAGAUGAACGACUUGUUCUCGAGCUCGUUCAAAAGAUAUACAGACCUGAAGCAGCAGGCUUACCUGGACGACAUGGAAGCCGGCAAAGAGAGUAUCAACCUCGACAGGUUCUUUGAAGAUGUCGAGAAUGUCAAGGAAGACAUGAGCCAAGUUGAGAGGCAGUACAGAAAGUUACAAGACGCAAAUGAAGAGUGCAAGAUCGUCCACAAUGCUAAAACCAUGAAAGAACUACGAGCCCGGAUGGACUCAGACGUUGAGCAGGUCCUCAAGCGCGUCAAAGUUAUCAAGGGGAAACUCGAAGGCUUAGAACGUUCCAACGUAGCUCACAGAAAACUUCCAGGAUGCGGUCCAGGUUCUUCUGCAGAUCGAACCAGGACCUCGGUUGUUAACGGGUUGGGGAAGAAGCUCAAGAACAUGAUGGAUGAUUUUCAGGGACUGAGAAACAGAAUGACACUUGAAUAUAAGGAAACUGUGGAACGCAGGUAUUUCACCAUCACUGGAGAGAAAGCAACCGAAGAAACUAUUGAGAAUAUGAUAUCAAGUGGGGAAAGCGAAAAUUUUCUACAAAAGGCAAUUCAGGAACAGGGGAGAGGUCAGAUAUUGGAUACCAUAUCAGAGAUUCAAGAAAGACAUGAUGCCGUAAAGGAGAUAGAGAAGAACUUGAUGGAGCUUCAUCAGGUAUUCUUGGACAUGGCUGCUCUGGUGGAGUCUCAGGGUCACCAGCUCAACGACAUAGAGAGUCACGUGGCGCAUGCUAAUUCGUUUGUGAGACGAGGCACCGAUAAUCUUCAGGACGCCAGGGAGUAUCAGAAAAGCUCCCGGAAGUGGACAUGCAUCGCCAUUACCCUUGCUGCUAUUGUCAUAGUCGUCCUCCUCUUUCCAAUUUUAACACAAUAUCUUUUGCAUCCAUAGUGAUAGGAAGAAAAAGAAAGAAGCAUGUUUUUUGUCAGUCGAUCUGAGAAAGCAUGCUCUCUGGUUUCUAUUCUAGAAGUUAAAAAACAGGGUAGGUUGAUACUGCAAACCUUGGAAAAGGUUUGAUUCCUUUCUGUAUAGAGUUUUAUCGAUGUCUCAGAGUUGGCUUGUGACACUAGAGAGGAGAAUUGGAAUUGUGAGAUUUGGUGAACUUCUACAACAUUCAGGUAUGUCACAAAGGAAUUUCUUACCCAGAUCGAGCUAGUACUGCGUAGUCUACAUGAAACUCGUCUGCAGCCCCUCUUUCUUAAGGGCUAUUUUGCAUUUGUUUACAUCGACGUGCCAUGGCAAAGGGAAAUGAGGAUGCGUCAUAUUUAACACUAGGAAGACAUUAAUGUAAUGGCAAUUUGAUACGUUUCUUGAAAUGCAAUUUGCAUUCAUGUACUA